AUGUGUGCGGGAGAGUAUGUUGCGACCAAGUCCCAGAAUGAAGUGAUCGCUGGGGAGAUUGCGACGGAAACGAGGCAUGUUCGCGACUACCAAAAAGAUGAGUUGAAAGAGGUUUCUGACCUGCUCGAGCUCAUUGGCAUUGACGACAGGGCAUUGCAGAAGAGGCUGAUCCGCCACUAUGCCCGAGACUCAAAGGCUCUCCUGAAGAUCAUGAUUGCGUUGGAACUCGGUUUCCUCGAAGAAGAAGAGCGUUCUCCGGCUAUGGCAGGGUUGGUCUCGUUCUUUCUGUUCUUAGCAGGCGCCUUUCCUUCUGUGAUGCCUUUCAUGAUACCGGACGUUGACCCGACUGUUGGUUUCAUUGCUGCAGGAGUUUCGACGUGUAUCGCGCUUUUGGUGGUUGGUGCUGUAAAGACUUGGGCCACCAAGGGUAACUGCUUGACUGCGGCACUCGAAAACUUGUGCGUUGCCGGCUUUGGAGGCGCCAUCGCUUAUGGGGCAGGGCUUCUUUCAAUACAGUUCAUCGAAACAUAG